AUGAGUAGCACAAUGCCGACCAACUCAUUGAGCGGCGGCGGCGAACCUGACGACGAAAAGGCGGAAUCCGUGCCGGAUCCCGGCAUGCGCGCUGGUACCCAGAGUGUGAAGAAAAUGUCUUCGGAGGAGAGCCCUAAGAAGCCCAUCGCCGCCAGGACCGCGGCAGGCACCGACGACGAGGCCAAGGCUAGACGUAGGGCAAGCGACGCCGGACAAUCGGAGUCCAUGACGUUGGACCGAGAUGACUGGGAUGUCGGUAGCGGAAUUUUUGAAGGAGGCAGAGGGCGCAUUUCAUCCUCUCCCUUCAGAGCGGAGAACAGCGGAGUGCGUUCAAGCAUUGAUCAUAGCAAGCACUCAUGCUUAUCCCUCUGCGGAAGGCUUCCUGAGACUGCAAAUGACGAAGACGAAACACCUGGCAGAGGACGUCUGACCUCAGGAGCCCUCGCCAAAAUUGGCCCUGUGUCUCCCCCCAUUGGAUCCGUCGAGAGUCCCAGCGGAGCAGUGCCGGAUGAAAUCGGUCGGCACGCCACCUUUGGGAAAUUGGCGGACUCUUCUGGCAGUGCACCGGAGUUCCUACCGUCAGGAACAGUCCCCCCUCCGGUCACGAUGAGUCCCCUGGUCCCAGCGCGAUCGGGGCGACGUCCUCAGGUCAAGGAAGCUGUGAGGCGCGCAGCCAUCAGGCCCCUCAAGGAUGAGAAAAAAACUCAAGCCGAAACGGGCGGUCUCCCUCGCUCCAGGAUGGCGCCCGCUCGUAAGAACCUGUCCAACUGCAGGAACUGCGGAGCCGAUACCCGCAUGCCACCGCCGGAUACGACGAACGGGAGCCGCGCACAGUGCUGGUUGUGCGGUAAGGAAGUAACUUGUAGCCGCCAGACCCGACGGUGUCAGUCGGCGGCUUCCUCGUGUGUUUCGGCCAGCAGGUACGUCUCAGUCAAAUUAGUCUCCUCAUGCUCGGUAUCGGGGGUUGUGGUGUCGACACCCAAAACUAUUCAUGCGAACAUUAACAAGGAGUGGGAAGAGCUGGUACGCGAGUGUUCGAAGCUAGUGGGAGCCAGGUGUCGAAAUCAAUCCGCCGAACUGACCUCCUUCUUGGGAGUUUACUUCCUUUCCCAAGCCUCUCAGUCAUCCGUUUACUGGGACGAGGCGAAAGUGUUGGGAAACCCGGAAGGAAGGACGUUUGUUGCACUCAAGGAAUGGGGCGGGGUAUCAAGCGUAGAGGAGUUUCUCGUGAAGAACACUGUCUCAACAUUCUUAGAGACAGCCCUGUACAGUCCCAGGGAUGUGCGCGAAGCUGAGCUUGUUGCUGCUUCUUGGGGUUACAGCCGAGUUGCUAGGGUAACACAUUCGGAGCUGGUAGGUUUGAGUGCAGAACUGGUUUCUUCGGCGAUCGGCGAGGACGCAUCUUCGUCGUCCAGGCCGUGCCUAGUAGCUCUGGGCAACUUAUCGCGUCUGCUUAACACAGGUAGUGUCGCUUUGGUCUCGAGAUCUGCUGGCGACUGGGGAGAUCUCACAUGCCACGGUAACGGUCCAAAGGGUCACGAACUUCUUGCUGCCUUGUUGUUCAGGGUAAAGAAAGAGAUGGUUGGGUCGGCUACGGUUCUUGUAGUCACUGCGAUACCGAAUGGCGGAAGGCAGAAGGCUGGCGCUAUGCUGACGGCAGGUGUCUUCGACAAGCAAACCGUCACGGUAGGCGACAUCCAGCGAGUGGUAAAGGAUCUUACGCUGGUCGAGCACUGGGGACCGAUCGUGGAGGGAUCGCCGUCCUUAGCGACAAUUGCGAAUCUUGCGAAGGGUAGAGACACGAAGUGGAGGCCGGCUCGCCCUGGCUACCACGAGGCUGUCGCCAGCUGGGUCGUUGGGUCAAGCAUGUUGCGGAUGUUUGUAGGCUUCUUCUGCUUGUCGGGAACAGCUCUGUAUGCGUAUGCGUACGACAAAGGAACGUCUCACACACUAGCGGCCCUCCUCCUCUUGGACUUGCUAAAGAAAGACCUCGGGGUCCCGCUAUGGGUGUACGCAACCGGCGACGACGUUCGACUUUCGAGGGCACUGGCAGCCGCUCCUGGCUGCCACUGGCUAAUGGUGGUCAGCAUGGGAUCCGUAGAAGUAGUGUAUUCAGCAGCCUUCGAAUACGCGGGGCUUUUUGCAGUAGCCGUGUCGUCAUUCUGGAGUUUCCUGCUCCUGCUGAACUUGAUCAAAGUUGUCGCCCUGGAUGGAGCUUGCAGGCGUUCAGGUGUGUCCCGCCGAAAUAUUCGGCAGAGAGAUCACGGACUCUGGAAGAAAGUGUUCGGAAAAGGAAUUUACACGGCGAAAUCUCUCUUCGUCGACGCAUGUUGCGGAGAUGGCAGGCUACUCUCGGUGUCUUGGUUGAAGUUUGCUGAAGGGGACCUUUGGUUGACAAGAAACACCGUCAUUGGGCACACGGAGAGGUGGCCGCCGCCGGUUGCCGUUCGUAAGGCGCAGGUAGUCGGAACAAGCAGCGACUAA